GGCUCCGAAUAUCUUGGCUUCUGCUCUCGUCGACAUAUAAGCCACCGUCCCGCCGCGAGCAUCAGACAUUUUCUUCUUCAUCCACUCGCAUCCAAGCCUUCCAUCCAGUCCGAUCUCGCUCAUUCCCUUCAUUCAUUCUCUUCAGAGCUGUGCUCGUUGUUCUCUUCACUCCUUUCAGGUCGUUUACACAAAACCAAAACCCACUCUUUACAGGAACAAUCAAGAGCUGUGCUCUCUUCAUACAUAAUACAAUUUUAAUCAACCCCCACAUCCACCAACCAGCCAAAAUGCGUUUCUCAACCAUCAUUCUCUCCACGCUCACCGCCUUCGCCGCCGCGGCACCCGUCGCCGACACCCUGGAACCCCGCCAGGGCAACGGUAACAACAACAACAACAACAACAAGAACAACAUCGACCUCGCAAGCCUCAAUAACCUCCAAGGCUUCCGCAACCUCGACCUAAACUACCUCCUCGCCCUCAACAACCUCAACCUCCAGGGGCUCGGCCAGCUGGGCCAGGUCAACAACCUCAACCUCGCCGCUUUCCAGAACCUCUUCGCCGCCCAAAACUUUGACCUCAACGCCUUGUUGCAGCUGCAGCAGCUCUCCACCGUGCUGGCGAUUCAGCAGCAGGGCGUGUUUGGCAACGUCAACCUGGCGCAGCUGAACCUCGGCGGGCUGAACUUGGGGCUCAUUGGCGGGGUUGGGCAGGUGAACCUGGGGCAGUUUAUUGAUCAGGGCUUGGUUGGGCAGAUUAACCAGGUCGUUCAGCAGUCUUCUGUCGUUGUCGUUGGCAAAUAAGCACUCUACGUCUGUCCUCCAGGAAUGGGCGAUGUAAUGUAUU